AUGGUCGUUGCAAACGCGCUGCUCUGGGCUGUGGCUGGCCUGGCCGCGGCCGCCUCAGCAUCAAGCGAUGUCAUCACCAACGACACGUACUUUUACGGCGAAUCGCCACCCGUCUAUCCAUCCCCGGAAAUUACAGCGACAGGCGCCUGGGCAGAUGCCUACGCCAAAGCGAAAGAGCUCGUGUCCAAGAUGACGCUCGAGGAAAAGGUCAGCCUCACCGGCGGCACCAAUGGCAUCGACAAUGGCUGCUCCGGCAAUAUUGCCAACGUCUCCCGGGUCGGUUUUCCAGGCAUGUGUCUGAGCGAUGCCGGCCAAGGGCUGCGUGCGACCGACUUUGUGAGCUCGUUUCCCAGCGGCAUCCACGUUGGGGCCAGCUGGAACAAAGACUUGACGGCCCGUAGAGGCGCUGCCAUGGCAGACGAGUUCAAGAAAAAAGGGGUCAACGUCCUGCUGGGCCCUGUUGUUGGGCCUGCAUGGCGCGUCAUGCUCAGCGGCCGCAACUGGGAGGGCUUCGCGGCGGAUCCGUACUUGUCGGGCUCCUUGGCGGCGCAGAGCGUCAUUGGCAUUCAGGGCCAAGGUGUCAUCACCAGCACCAAGCACUUUAUUGCCAAUGAGCAAGAGACAAACAGGAAUCCCAGCGGGGAUGUCCAGUCUGUGUCGUCCAACAUUGACGACAAGACAAUGCACGAGCUGUAUUUAUGGCCCUUCCAGGAUGCUGUCCAUGCGGGCUCUGCCAACAUCAUGUGCUCGUACCAGCGCAUCAACAACUCUUACGGAUGCGCCAACAGCAAGAGUCUCAACGGCUUGCUCAAGACGGAGCUGGGCUUCCAGGGCUUCGUCGUGUCUGACUGGGGUGCCCAGCACACUGGCCAUGCUGGAGCUCUGGCGGGCAUGGACAUGGUUAUGCCUGACCCCGGCUCGUUUUGGGGUGAUAAGCUCGUCGAGUCCGUCAAGAACGGCUCUGUGCCCGAGUCGAGAAUCAACGACAUGGCCACCAGAAUCCUCACGACUUGGUAUCAAUUCAAACAAGACACCAACUUUCCAAACCCAGGUUUUGGAGUACCGAAAGAUGUUACCAAGCCACAUAAAAUUGUCGAUGCUCGCGAUCUCGCAGCCCGGCCCGUGCUUCUCGACGGUGCCCUCGAGGGCCACGUUCUGGUAAAGAACACCAAGAACACGCUCCCACUCCAGAAACCGCAGCUCAUCUCUGCUUUCGGCUACUCGGCCCGCGCGCCUGGCUUUUUCGCGCCCGGCGGCGGCAUCCAGCUCUUUCAGUGGCAGCUCGGCGCCGAGAUGAUUGACGCCAACGAGGUCGUCUCCGGCGCCCUAGGUAAUGCAGACCACGCAUCGACCAUUGGUAUCAACGGCACGCUCUUUAGCGGCUGCGGCUCCGGCGCCACCACACCGGCCAACGCGAUCUCGCCGUUUGAGGCCCUCAAGUUGCGCACAUACAAUGACGGCACGGCGCUGUUCCACGACUUUGUCUCCCCCGAGCCCGUCGUAGACCCAGCCUCGGACGUGUGCAUCGUCUUUGGCAACGCAUUCGCCUGCGAGGCCUACGAUCGCCCCGCGCUCCAGGACGCGUACACGGACAAGCUCGUUAAGACUGUUGCCGACCGCUGCAACCGGACCAUUGUCGUGCUGCACAAUGCGGGACCGCGCGUUGUCGACGCCUGGAUCGAGCACGACAAUGUCACCGCUGUGGUGUUUGCGCAUCUCCCCGGCCAAGAGUCAGGCCACGCGCUCGUCUCCCUGCUCUACGGCGAGGCCAACCCCUCAGGCAAGCUGCCUUACACGCUCGCCAAGAACGAGAGCGAUUAUGCCGUGCUGAAGCCCUCGAAACCAGAGGGUCGCUUCGCCAAUUUUCCGCAGUCCAAUUUUACAGAGGGCGUGUACACGGAUUACCGACACUUUGACAAGGAGGACAUUUCGCCGCGCUUCGAGUUUGGCUUUGGCCUCAGCUACACGACCUUUAACCUCUCCAACGCCAAGAUCCAGCGCGUCGAGGGCGGUAACACCAAGGACGAGCACCCCACGGGCGCUGUGAUCCCCGGCGGCCCGGCCGAUCUCUGGGACAACAUCUUGUCUGUCACGGCGGAUGUGCGGAAUACCGGAACGCAGCAUGCCGGUGCCGAAGUGGUGCAGCUGUACGUGGGCAUUCCCGGCGCGCCGGUGCGCCAGCUGCGCGGGUACGACAAGGUAUACCUGCAGCCGGGGGAGACGAGGACUGCGACAUUUGCACUAUCGCGAAGGGACCUGAGCGUGUGGAAUGUUGAGUCGCAAAAGUGGCAGCUGCAAAGAGGUUCGUAUACGAUUUGGGUUGGCACGAGUAGUAGGAGCUUGCCGCUCAAAGAAUCAUUGGAGAUUUAG